AUUGGCUCGUCCGAUGAUGCAAGUUAAACUUGCCUAGUCAUGUGAUAUACUGGUUUGUCUUAUAUAACCACGAGAUGACGUGUUUAUUCCACUAAUCCGAGCGAGGUAUUGUUAGAUGGAAACUGUUCGAAAUUGCUGGAACGUUAUCUGCACUCGUACACCACUGUACACGGCAUUGGCUCGUCCGAUGAUGCAAGUUAAACUUGCCUAGUCAUGUGAUAUACUGGUUUGUCUUAUAUAACCACGAGAUGACGUGUUUAUUCCACUAAUCCGAGCGAGGUAUUGUUAGAUGGAAACUGUUCGAAAUUGCUGGAACGUUAUCUGCACUCGUACACCACUGUACACGGCAUUGGCUCGUCCGAUGAUGCAAGUUAAACUUGCCUUGUCAUGUGAUAUACUGGUAUGUCUUAUAUAACCACGAGAUGACGUGUUUAUUCCACUAAUCCGAGCGAGGUAUUGUUAGAUGGAAACUGUUCGAAAUUGCUGGAACGUUAUCUGCACUCGUACACCACUGUACACGGCAUUGGCUCGUCCGAUGAUGCAAGUUAAACUUGCCUAGUCAUGUGAUAUACUGGUUUGUCUUAUAUAACCACGAGAUGACGUGUUUAUUCCACUAAUCCGAGCGAGGUAUUGUUAGAUGGAAACUGUUCGAAAUUGCUGGAACGUUAUCUGCACUCGUACACCACUGUACACGGCAUUGGCUCGUCCGAUGAUGCAAGUUAAACUUGCCUAGUCAUGUGAUAUACUGGUAUGUCUUAUAUAACCACGAGAUGACGUGUUUAUUCCACUAAUCCGAGCGAGGUAUUGUUAGAUGGAAACUGUUCGAAAUUGCUGGAACGUUAUCUGCACUCGUACACCACUGUACACGGCAUUGGCUCGUCCGAUGAUGCAAGUUAAACUUGCCUUGUCAUGUGAUAUACUGGUAUGUCUUAUAUAACCACGAGAUGACGUGUUUAUUCCACUAAUCCGAGCGAGGUAUUGUUAGAUGGAAACUGUUCGAAAUUGCUGGAACGUUAUCUGCACUCGUACACCACUGUACACGGCAUUGGCUCGUCCGAUGAUGCAAGUUAAACUUGCCUAGUCAUGUGAUAUACUGGUUUGUCUUAUAUAACCACGAGAUGACGUGUUUAUUCCACUAAUCCGAGCGAGGUAUUGUUAGAUGGAAACUGUUCGAAAUUGCUGGAACGUUAUCUGCACUCGUACACCACUGCACACGGCAUUGGCUCGUCCGAUGAUGCAAGUUAAACUUGCCUAGUCAUGUGAUAUACUGGUAUGUCUUAUAUAACCACGAGAUGACGUGUUUAUUCCACUAAUCCGAGCGAGGUAUUGUUAGAUGGAAACUGUUCGAAAUUGCUGGAACGAUAUCUGCACUCGUACACCACUGCACACGGCAUUGGCUCGUCCGAUGAUGCAAGUUAAACUUGCCUAGUCAUGUGAUAUACUGGUUUGUCUUAUAUAACCACGAGAUGACGUGUUUAUUCCACUAAUCCGAGCGAGGUAUUGUUAGAUGGAAACUGUUCGAAAUUGCUGGAACGAUAUCUGCACUCGUACACCACUGCACACGGCAUUGGCUCGUCCGAUGAUGCAAGUUAAACUUGCCUAGUCAUGUGAUAUACUGGUAUGUCUUAUACAACCACGAGAUGACGUGUUUAUUCCACUAAUCCGAGCGAGGUAUUGUUAGAUGGAAACUGUUCGAAAUUGCUGGAACGAUAUCUGCACUCGUACACCACUGCACACGGCAUUGGCUCGUCCGAUUGUCUAACAUCAAUUUCUGCCUUAUUGUAAUAAAUCACUCAUGGCUUUCUUAUGUAGAACUGAGUAGAAAAACUGUACUCAAUAACUGUGUUUUAAAAACUGUGCGAUAUUAAAAAAUGAAUCAUUCAAUACUUAGUUAUAACAGACCUAAACGUAAUAUAAAUUUGAUUAUUGUCACUAUACACGUCCAUAUUUGUAGUACAAUAACAUUUAUAUUUCCUCAUUUCAGUCGAAUUAAUCGUUAUAUUCUUUAUUUCUUACAAUAUAAAUCAAUAUUGUAUAAGUAUUUAGGAUGUUAUAUGUGCUUCUGGCGUUCGGUUCGGAUUCAGUAAACAUUCCUAUCACGUUUACCUUCAUUAACAUUAUUCCACCAAGUGCUAAGUCAGUCGGUAGAUCAGUCACGUGAUACAUAGAGCUUUCCAGUAGAGGAUUACAUGAAACUCUCUCGUGGAGGAUUCAAGAAUGAGAACAAUAGAGGAUGAUUAAACGAAGCAGUGAAUUGUGGGUGGGUGGUAAGAAGGGGAGGUUUUACAGAGCAUGAGCUUGCGGUUUGGCUUCUGUACAAGUACGAAACCGCGUGGAAAAAUCAUUAAUUCUGAGUGUAAAAUCAAUGAUAUAAAACCACUUAAUAAGUCAAGUUACCGUUACAAUCUUUACAAAAUCCUUUUUACUAUUUAAUUACAGCAAAAUUAUCAAGACAUAUUAGCCAUUUCAGUUCCACUAACUUGUGCACUUCGUAGUUUUUGCUUCGUUAAUUAGUCGGACUGCAGAAGAUGUCAGGGUAAAUCCAAAACUGAAAUUACUAGAUGAUGUGCCUUCGUUGCACGUUACAAAAAUAUAACAAUACAUUUCGAAGGUUGGAAAGUAAACUAAACAGUUGAGUUUUGCUUCGUUAAUUAGUCGGACUGCAGAAGAUGUCAGGGUAAAUCCAAAACUGAAAUUACUAGAUGAUGUGCCUUCGUUGCACGUUACAAAAAUAUAACAAUACAUUUCGAAGGUUGGAAAGUAAACUAAACAGUUGAGUUUUGCUUCGUUAAUUAGUCGGACUGCAGAAGAUGUCAGGGUAAAUCCAAAACUGAAAUUACUAGAUGAUGUGCCUUCGUUGCACGUUACAAAAAUAUAACAAUACAUUUCGAAGGUUGGAAAGUAAACUAAACAGUUGAGUUUUGCUUCGUUAAUUAGUCGGACUGCAGAAGAUGUCAGGGUAAAUCCAAAACUGAAAUUACUAGAUGAUGUGCCUUCGUUGCACGUUACAAAAAUAUAACAAUACAUUUCGAAGGUUGGAAAGUAAACUAAACAGUUGAGUUUUGCUUCGUUAAUUAGUCGGACUGCAGAAGAUGUCAGGGUAAAUCCAAAACUGAAAUUACUAGAUGAUGUGCCUUCGUUGCACGUUACAAAAAUAUAACAAUACAUUUCGAAGGUUGGAAAGUAAACUAAACAGUUGAGUUUUGCUUCGUUAAUUAGUCGGACUGCAGAAGAUGUCAGGGUAAAUCCAAAACUGAAAUUACUAGAUGAUGUGCCUUCGUUGCACGUUACAAAAAUAUAACAAUACAUUUCGAAGGUUGGAAAGUAAACUAAACAGUUGAGUUUUGCUUCGUUAAUUAGUCGGACUGCAGAAGAUGUCAGGGUAAAUCCAAAACUGAAAUUACUAGAUGAUGUGCCUUCGUUGCACGUUACAAAAAUAUAACAAUACAUUUCGAAGGUUGGAAAGUAAACUAAACAGUUGAGUUUUGCUUCGUUAAUUAGUCGGACUGCAGAAGAUGUCAGGGUAAAUCCAAAACUGAAAUUACUAGAUGAUGUGCCUUCGUUGCACGUUACAAAAAUAUAACAAUACAUUUCGAAGGUUGGAAUCAGUUUUCUUCUUCACGUACGAAAUGUCUCAUUCUAAAUCACUCUGAAGUAGAUCGUAUGAUUUGUUUCCUGAAGAAUUCAAUUUGGUUUUAUUUCGCUUCCAAACAAACUGAAGGUUUUACCCCAUUUGAAGAGGAACUAGCCUUGAACUUCUUUCGAUAUUGAGUAUCGGUAACCAAUCAAAAAAGGAAUUCCGAAGGCUUCUUUCGAAAAACUUUGAGAUUUAAUGCCAUUAAGGAAUAACGUACUUAUUAAUAUGAUUUUAAACUUAAAGAUCAUAUUAACAAAUUACUAACAAGACUUAUCACUUCCUCAUGUUUGUCAGUUUAUUCAUUCAUCGCCACUUCGCAGCAAGAUUGGGGUGAUAAGAAAAUACGACUGGUAAUUUAAUAAGUCUAGAAAUUGUGUAAUCAAGUUAUUCCUGUUUGUUUUAGCAGUUAUGGUUAGCAAAUGCUUACACAAUAACUAAAAAGAGGUCAAAUUUUAAACACAAGCCUGUACAGUAUAAGUACAGUAACUUUAGUGUACUAUAAAGUACAGUGUUAGUACAAUUGCUGUCAUUACUACGCCUCGUCAGUAGGUGAUAUUGCCUUCCACAAUUACCUGAAGAACAUUAGCAUUCGUGAUAGCUGGUCCGAUAGUGUUAACGAGACAGAUCUGUACAUAAUGUAGGUCUUAUUUGAACACAGUUUAAACACAAGUCUGUACAGUAUAAGUACAGUAACUUUAGUGUACUAUAAAGUACAGUGUUAGUACAAUUGCUGUCAUUACUACGCUUCGUUAGUAGGUGAUAUUGCCUUCCACAAUUACCUGAAGAACAUUAGCAUUCGUGAUAGCUGGUCCGAUAGUGUUAACGAGACAGAUCUGUACAUAAUGUAGGUCUUAUUUGAACACAGUUUAAACACAAGCCUGUACAGUCUAAGUACAGUAACUUUAGUGUACUAUAAAGUACAGUGUUAGUACAAUUGCUGUCAUUACUACGCCUCGUCAGUAGGUGAUAUUGUCUUCCACAAUUACCUGAAGAACAUUAGCAUUCGUGAUAGCUGGUCCGAUAGUGUUAACGAGACAGAUCUGUACAUAAUGUAGGUCUUAUUUGAACACAGUUUAAACACAAGCCUGUACAGUAUAAGUACAGUAACUUUAGUGUACUAUAAAGUACAGUGUUAGUACAAUUGCUGUCAUUACUACGCUUCGUCAGUAGGUGAUAUUGCCUUCCACAAUUACCUGAAGAACAUUAGCAUUCGUGAUAGCUGGUCCGAUAGUGUUAACGAGACAGAUCUGUACAUAAUGUAGGUCUUAUUUGAACACAGUUUAAACACAAGCCUGUACAGUAUAAGUACAGUAACUUUAGUGUACUAUAAAGUACAGUGUUAGUACAAUUGCUGUCAUUACUACGCUUCGUCAGUAGGUGAUAUUGCCUUCCACAAUUACCUGAAGAACAUUAGCAUUCGUGAUAGCUGGUCCGAUAGUGUUAACGAGACAGAUCUGUACAUAAUGUAGGUCUUAUUUGAACACAGUUUAAACACAAGCCUGUACAGUAUAAGUACAGUAACUUUAGUGUACUAUAAAGUACAGUGUUAGUACAAUUGCUGUCAUUACUACGCUUCGUCAGUAGGUGAUAUUGCCUUCCACAAUUACCUGAAGAACAUUAGCAUUCGUGAUAGCUGGUCCGAUAGUGUUAACGAGACAGAUCUGUACAUAAUGUAGGUCUUAUUUGAACACAGUUUAAACACAAGUCUGUACAGUAUAAGUACAGUAACUUUAGUGUACUAUAAAGUACAGUGUUAGUACAAUUGCUGUCAUUACUACGCUUCGUCAGUAGGUGAUAUUGCCUUCCACAAUUACCUGAAGAACAUUAGCAUUCGUGAUAGCUGGUCCGAUAGUGUUAACGAGACAGAUCUGUACAUAAUGUAGGUCUUAUUUGAACACAGUUUAAACACAAGCCUGUACAGUAUAAGUACAGUAACUUUAGUGUACUAUAAAGUACAGUGUUAGUACAAUUGCUGUCAUUACUACGCUUCGUCAGUAGGUGAUAUUGCCUUCCACAAUUACCUGAAGAACAUUAGCAUUCGUGAUAGCUGGUCCGAUAGUGUUAACGAGACAGAUCUGUACAUAAUGUAGGUCUUAUUUGAACACAGUUUAAACACAAGCCUGUACAGUAUAAGUACAGUAACUUUAGUGUACUAUAAAGUACAGUGUUAGUACAAUUGCUGUCAUUACUACGCUUCGUCAGUAGGUGAUAUUGCCUUCCACAAUUACCUGAAGAACAUUAGCAUUCGUGAUAGCUGGUCCGAUAGUGUUAACGAGACAGAUCUGUACAUAAUGUAGGUCUUAUUUGAACACAGUUUAAACACAAGUCUGUACAGUAUAAGUACAGUAACUUUAGUGUACUAUAAAGUACAGUGUUAGUACAAUUGCUGUCAUUACUACGCUUCGUCAGUAGGUGAUAUUGCCUUCCACAAUUACCUGAAGAACAUUAGCAUUCGUGAUAGCUGGUCCGAUAGUGUUAACGAGACAGAUCUGUACAUAAUGUAGGUCUUAUUUGAACACAGUUUAAACACAAGUCUGUACAGUAUAAGUACAGUAACUUUAGUGUACUAUAAAGUACAGUGUUAGUACAAUUGCUGUCAUUACUACGCUUCGUCAGUAGGUGAUAUUGCCUUCCACAAUUACCUGAAGAACAUUAGCAUUCGUGAUAGCUGGUCCGAUAGUGUUAACGAGACAGAUCUGUACAUAAUGUAGGUCUUAUUUGAACACAGUUUAAACACAAGCCUGUACAGUAUAAGUACAGUAACUUUAGUGUACUAUAAAGUACAGUGUUAGUACAAUUGCUGUCAUUACUACGCUUCGUCAGUAGGUGAUAUUGCCUUCCACAAUUACCUGAAGAACAUUAGCAUUCGUGAUAGCUGGUCCGAUAGUGUUAACGAGACAGAUCUGUACAUAAUGUAGGUCUUAUUUGAACACAGUUUAAACACAAGCCUGUACAGUAUAAGUACAGUAACUUUAGUGUACUAUAAAGUACAGUGUUAGUACAAUUGCUGUCAUUACUACGCUUCGUCAGUAGGUGAUAUUGCCUUCCACAAUUACCUGAAGAACAUUAGCAUUCGUGAUAGCUGGUCCGAUAGUGUUAACGAGACAGAUCUGUACAUAAUGUAGGUCUUAUUUGAACACAGUUUAAACACAAGCCUGUACAGUAUAAGUACAGUAACUUUAGUGUACUAUAAAGUACAGUGUUAGUACAAUUGCUGUCAUUACUACGCUUCGUCAGUAGGUGAUAUUGCCUUCCACAAUUACCUGAAGAACAUUAGCAUUCGUGAUAGCUGGUCCGAUAGUGUUAACGAGACAGAUCUGUACAUAAUGUAGGUCUUAUUUGAACACAGUUUAAACACAAGCCUGUACAGUAUAAGUACAGUAACUUUAGUGUACUAUAAAGUACAGUGUUAGUACAAUUGCUGUCAUUACUACGCUUCGUCAGUAGGUGAUAUUGCCUUCCACAAUUACCUGAAGAACAUUAGCAUUCGUGAUAGCUGGUCCGAUAGUGUUAACGAGACAGAUCUGUACAUAAUGUAGGUCUUAUUUGAACACAGUUUAAACACAAGCCUGUACAGUAUAAGUACAGUAACUUUAGUGUACUAUAAAGUACAGUGUUAGUACAAUUGCUGUCAUUACUACGCUUCGUCAGUAGGUGAUAUUGCCUUCCACAAUUACCUGAAGAACAUUAGCAUUCGUGAUAGCUGGUCCGAUAGUGUUAACGAGACAGAUCUGUACAUAAUGUAGGUCUUAUUUGAACACAGUUUAAACACAAGCCUGUACAGUAUAAGUACAGUAACUUUAGUGUACUAUAAAGUACAGUGUUAGUACAAUUGCUGUCAUUACUACGCUUCGUCAGUAGGUGAUAUUGUCUUCCACAAUUACCUGAAGAACAUUAGCAUUCGUGAUAGCUGGUCCGAUAGUGUUAACGAGACAGAUCUGUACAUAAUGUAGGUCUUAUUAGAACACAAAUCAUGAUUGUGUACAUUAUAAAUAGUAAAUAAAGACCGGCGAGUAUGUCAAUAGACAGAAAUAGGGUUUGAGCAAAGUUUUGCUCGGCAACCGAUUAUAGGGGACACUCUCCUGUGGACCUCGAAAACAACCAUGGUUCUUACAGCGAUCUCUGUAUACCAUGUUUUGAGGACACCACUUCGAGGGCACGCAGUUUUAUUAAUAUCUUGCAGUGUUUCACGUCUGUGAAAACGAGUAAGCCUGAUACUUUUGUCCGAAUGGAUGGAUUUAAAUGAGAUCAAGAGUUUAGUAGAGUUUACCAAUGCUAUUAAUUCAUUGGAAACGUACAUCAAAAAGUCUUGUAUAGUUUUCUCCACAUUCUCUUUUAUUACCUUCCCCUCGAGCCUACUCAUAGCGGAAUUGUAUUAUCAUCGUUUAGUGGAAUAGAUGUCAUCAUGUGCUUGAGUUACCCUUGCGAAAACUCAAUGUUCUGUUAGACCAAAGUCUUAAAUAUGGCUCAUUACUACCUCAUCCAUGCACAUUUAGCGUAUGGAAUAAGAUUCUGGGGGGAGGUUGUUUCAAAAAAUUGAGAGUUUUCCAUCUCACUGACAGAGUAAUUGAAAUUUUGAACUAUAGGGAGCUGUGCAAGGAAUAUCUUAAGAUUGUGAAAGAAACAGGAUUUUUCCGGACAUUUGCCAUCGUUCAGUGAAACAAGAAUCCUUAGGAUUGUUGAUUGCCGACUUGGCCUUGCCUUUAUAUUUCUGAGGUGAUCAUGUACUGCGUGUCCAAGUGUACCGUGGUUCGUCGCGGGGACGUACAAAGACUCACACCUCCCGCAACAAGUUUUUGUCAAACUCUCUGAAAGCGUAAAAUGUCCAACAACAACCGAAUCGAUUUAAAAUACGUCUCAAAUGUCUUUUGGGGUUUAAAGCGUUUUAUUCUGUUGAAUAAUUCAUGAUGAGCCUUUCGGGAAUACAUAAAUCAAGAAAAAACUCUGGAUCUGAUGUAAGAAUGGAUUUGUUUGUAUACAUUUAUAAAAUGUGUGUCUGACUGCUGGAAAACGUGGAUUUUACAAUAUUUGUACAAGUUAACGAUUACGAUACAAUUUCAGGUAUUGUUUAAUGCAAUAAAGAGAUUAUGAUUAGUUAAGGCCAAAAACUAAGAAAUAUUGUUGACAUCUCAAACAUAAAAGAUGAAAGACGUCUACAUGUUUUAGACUUUUGUAUGGUGAUGUCAGAGUGACCAGCCAGUGGAACUGUACUGUACUGGUUACACAACAGUAGAUUUAUCGCCCCAAGGUCACCCGGAGGUCAACACUGAUAGCUCUCGCCUGGCUGGCGUUGUUGUUAUUGAGAGACAAGGAACACGACUGGCGGUGGCGGUACAGAGUAGCGUACUGUGGACCAGCCACUCACUGUUUAAUAACCUAAUCUGUACCGGCACUCACUCUCGGUGUCCGGAAACGUUGUUGGGACCAGUGGAACUGUACUGUACUGGUUACACAACAGUAGAUUUAUCGCCCCAAGGUCACCCGGAGGUCAACACUGAUAGCUCUCGCCUGGCUGGCGUUGUUGUUAUUGAGAGACAAGGAACACGACUGGCGGUGGCGGUACAGAGUAGCUUACUGUGGACCAGCCACUCACUGUUUAAUAACCUAAUCUGUACCGGCACUCACUCUCGGUGUCCGGAAACGUUCUUGGGAUCAGUGGAACUGUACUGUACUGGUUACACAACAGUAGAUUUAUCGCCCCAAGGUCACCCGGAGGUCAACACUGAUAGCUCUCGCCUGGCUGGCGUUGUUGUUAUUGAGAGACAAGGAACACGACUGGCGGUGGCGGUACAGAGUAGCUUACUGUGGACCAGCCACUCACUGUUUAAUAACCUAGUCUGUACCGGCACUCACUCUCGGUGUCCGGAAACGUUCUUGGGACUCUGCCACUUCACCCCCCCCCACCCACGUCUCCUCCACGAUUAAAAUAUUCCCGUUCUCCGCCAAACAGCGUGUUGAAUGCCUAGAUUUAUAUUCUAGAAUGGCCACCUCUGUAGUUAAAACUUUAUUUUGAUAAUGUACAAUCGUCGUUAAAUACUUCUUUUUGGCUUGAUUGAUAAGUUGCAUAAUUGUGAUUACUUUUAAGUUUUGAUACUCUAAUACUUAAUUUGAAGCAUCAACCAGAUCGGGGAAAGUCGUUCAUUAAAUCAUGAAGAGAAAUUGUCACAUUACGAAUCCAAGGGUAAGCCUCAUCUGUUUGUAGUGUUCAGAUUACUCUACAUUUGGUUACACGGGUGUCUUGUAAAAGAGACGUUUUGUAGAGCAAAAUUUGCUAGUAACUAAAAAUCAGUAUAUCUUUACCGUACAUGUGUUAAAAGUUACAUUUCAGAUAUUGUAAUGUAAUGAAAAAGUGAAAUAUACGUAGUUGGAAACACUUUAGGCAGAAAGGAAGGAUAUUAAAGAAGGAUUCCCCAUUUCUGUAGAAUAUUUCGUUUAGCGUGUUGAAAAUGUCAUUUCUAGCUAUGAAUUAGAUUCUUUAUACAGUUUUCGUAAGUGCGUCUGAAGUUACAGAUUAGUGUAGUGUGUUUCAAUGGCAAAGUUGUCUGUGAUGACUUGUGGGACACCCCUUACUCUAAGAAAGUUGAUUUUGCUGGCACGAUUAAUGGUUUCAUAUUUUCCUGGGCUUUUUAAAUAUGUCAAUCUUCCUUCCCUGACUCACAUGGUACCUUGUUGCACAUAUUAUUUCUUGAUUCAAAAUGUUUUAGAUGGUUCUGGCUUCCGAUUCACGCCAUUCAUUCUUCAGCAAAUAGUGUGCUUGCAUUGAUUAAAUCAAAUAUAUGAUCACUAUAAUGUGCCUUGAGAUUGUCUGUAUAGUGCGGUAUACUCGUAUUGCUAAGUUUUCAUCUGUGAUUCUUCAUACUCCGAAAACGUGUAUUUUUCAUAGAGAAAUUCGUUUAAAUUCUCUUUGAGGGAGUUUUUGAUGUAACAUUUUCUACCUAUAUUAUUAUUUGCUAUAUUCAAAGACACGCCAGCUGAUUGUUGUUUGUUAGGAGUUCAGUGCCGUUAGUAUGCAUCACUGCAGAGGCUUUUUUUAGAAAAGUAAUUUAUUCAAUCACGAAGAAAAAUAUGACAGUACGAAUCGUAAAGGCACUCUUCUUACUUUCGUUGUUCAGACUAGUACAUAGUAGGAAGUAAAGUCUACUAGAUAAUUCUUUUGGGAAUUAUGUUCCACGUUGUCGACAGUGUAUAACUGAUACAUGAUGAUAGUUUUUAUUUGAUGAACUACACACUUUAUCAGAUUGAUGACAUUUAUAUAUGAAAGUCACAUCUAUCUGCUCAAUGGAUUUGUGACUUGUGUAUUGAUAAACUACACACUUUAUCAGAUUGAUGACAUUUAUAUAUGAAAGUCACAUUAUCUGCUCAAUGGAUUUGUGACUUGUGUAUUGAUAAACUACACACUUUAUCAGAUUGAUGACAUUAAUAUAUGAAAGUCACAUUUAUCUGCUCAAUGGAUUUGUGACUUGUGUAUUGAUAAACUACACACUUUAUCAGAUUGAUGACAUUUAUAUAUGAAAGUUACAUUAUCUGCUCAAUGGAUUUGUGACUUGUGUAUUGAUAAACUACACACUUUAUCAGAUUGAUGACAUUUAUAUAUGAAAGUCACAUCUAUCUGCUCAAUGGAUUUGUGACUUGUGUAUUGAUAAACUACACACUUUAUCAGAUUGAUGACAUUUAUAUAUGAAAGUCACAUUAUCUGCUCAAUGGAUUUGUGACUUGUGUAUUUGAUUAUUCAAUUAUGACACAUUUUGUAAAAUAUGGAAGUCAGUGCAUUUUGAAAUUGGUUUAAAUUAUAUUGUUUGCAAUAAAGCAUUUCACUAUCCCAUGUACAUUACAGGCAUUUCGGAGUCUAUAAUCAUCACUUUCUUGUGACAUAUAGUGUGAGUAUAGUAAUGGAAAUAGCAACAGCGAACGUUUCAUUUCUUAUAAACUCUAUAAGACAAGAACGCAUAAAACGAUGUUAUCGCCAUGUCAUAUCAGUGGGUAUCAUUGACAAUGUGAUCGGCAGUAAACCUUUAUCGCGGGCGUCGGCGGUGAAUAGGUUCAGUUAUAAAUACAAUUAUUCUUCUUUUAAACAACUACAAAUCUAUUUUCAUGGUUUGAAAAGAUAUGCCGUAAAUUAACGUACGGAGAGUUUGCGCAACCUUUUUAUGGAUUUGGAAAUCUUGAUAUAUCUUUUGUAAAGAAAAACUUCCUUCUGUGACAUUAAUGUAACUGUAACAAAUGAAACGUUAAGAUAGUCACAUGGGUACUGUAUACUAUGUACUAUACAUAAUAUGGGAUCUCUUCAGACGAACAUUUAGACAUUACAAGGAUGAUUUAUAUGUCUAUUUAUUACCUUACCCACAGUAUUUCGUGCAGCCACAGUGUCAUUGUCUUGUAUUUUUAGUUGCUUUGUUUACAUAAAUAAAUUUAAAUAUAAAUCGACAUCAGAUUUUACUAAUUUCUUAAUGUUGACAAAUAUUAAAUUAAAAUUUUCAAAUGAGACGAAUCAUUGAUGUUAGUCAGGACAUAGGUGUGUGCUUUCAUAUGAGGGAAACGUUUUCAUACUUAUUCCUAAGUAAAUUAGUUAUUUCGCCAGUGUCACUUGACGCCAGUCACUGCUUAUUUGAGUGAGUGAAUUAUAAAGGCGAAAAUUCCUCGGUUUGUUUGGCCUAAAUGAAACCAUUUCAGUGGAAACAAACAGAUUUUAUCUUACGUAUAAAUGAGUAAAUUAAAAAUAAUGUAAACUUGCGAAUAAUGCAGGUACGGCCUAUCUGGUACUUAGGUUACACUCACUACUUUCGCAAUCUGUGGGAGGGACUGUGUAAUGUAAACUUCCGAAUAAUGCAGGUACGGCCUAUCUGGUACUUAGGUUACACUCACUACUUUCGCAAUCUAUGGGAGGGACUGUGUAAUGUAAACUUGCGAAUAAUGCAGGUACGGCCUAUCUGGUACUUAGGUUACACUCACUACUUUCGCAAUCUGUGGGAGGGACUUUGUAAUGUAAACUUGCGAAUAAUGCAGGUACGGCCUAUCUGGAACUUAGGUUACACUCACUACUUUCGCAAUCUGUGGGAGGGACUGUGUAAUGUAAACUUGCGAAUAAUGCAGGUACGGUCUAUCUGGUACUUAGGUUACACUCACUACUUUCGCAAUCUGUGGGAGGGACUGUGUAAUGUAAACUUGCGAAUAAUGCAGGUACGGCCUAUCUGGUACUUAGGUUACACUCACUACUUUCGCAAUCUGUGGGAGGGACUGUGUAAUGUAAACUUCCGAAUAAUGUAGGUACGGCCUAUCUGGUACUUAGGUUACACUCACUACUUUCGCAAUCUGUGGGAGGGACUGUGUAAUGUAAACUUGCGAAUAAUGCAGGUACGGCCUAUCUGGUACUUAGGUUACACUCACUACUUUCGCAAUCUGUGGGAGGGACUUUGUAAUGUAAACUUGCGAAUAAUGCAGGUACGGCCUAUCUGGAACUUAGGUUACACUCACUACUUUCGCAAUCUGUGGGAGGGACUGUGUAAUGUAAACUUGCGAAUAAUGCAGGUACGGCCUAUCUGGUACUUAGGUUACACUCACUACUUUCGCAAUCUGUGGGAGGGACUGUGUAAUGUAAACUUCCGAAUAAUGCAGGUACGGCCUAUCUGGUACUUAGGUUACACUCACUACUUUCGCAAUCUGUGGGAGGGACUGUGUAAUGUAAACUUGCGAAUAAUGCAGGUACGGUCUAUCUGGUACUUAGGUUACACUCACUACUUUCGCAAUCUGUGGGAGGGACUGUGUAAUGUAAACUUGCGAAUAAUGCAGGUACGGCCUAUCUGGUACUUAGGUUACACUCACUACUUUCGCAAUCUGUGGGAGGGACUGUGUAAUGUAAACUUCCGAAUAAUGCAGGUACGGCCUAUCUGGUACUUAGGUUACACUCACUACUUUCGCAAUCUGUGGGAGGGACUGUGUAAUGUAAACUUGCGAAUAAUGCAGGUACGGCCUAUCUGGUACUUAGGUUACACUCACUACUUUCGCAAUCUGUGGGAGGGACUUUGUAAUGUAAACUUGCGAAUAAUGCAGGUACGGCCUAUCUGGAACUUAGGUUACACUCACUACUUUCGCAAUCUGUGGGAGGGACUGUGUAAUGUAAACUUCCGAAUAAUGCAGGUACGGCCUAUCUGGAACUUAGGUUACACUCACUACUUUCGCAAUCUGUGGGAGGGACUGUGUAAUGUAAACUUCCGAAUAAUGCAGGUACGGCCUAUCUGGUACUUAGGUUACACUCACUACUUUCGCAAUCUGUGGGAGGGACUGUGUAAUGUAAACUUGCGAAUAAUGCAGGUACGGCCUAUCUGGUACUUAGGUUACACUCACUACUUUCGCAAUCUGUGGGAGGGACUGUGUAAUGUAAACUUCCGAAUAAUGCAGGUACGGCCUAUCUGGUACUUAGGUUACACUCACUACUUUCGCAAUCUGUGGGAGGGACUGUGUAAUGUAAACUUCCGAAUAAUGCAGGUACGGCCUAUCUGGUACUUAGGUUACACUCACUACUUUCUCAAUCUGUGGGAGGGACUGUGUAAUGUAAACUUGCGAAUAAUGCAGGUACAGCCAAUCUGUUACUUAGGUUACACUCACUACUUUCUCAAUCUGUGGGAGGGACUGUGUAAUGUAAACUUGCGAAUAAUGCAGGUACGGCCUAUCUGGUACUUAGGUUACACUCACUACUUUCUCAAUCUGUGGGAGGGACUGUGUAAUGUAAACUUCCGAAUAAUGCAGGUACGGCCUAUCUGGUACUUAGGUUACACUCACUACUUUCGCAAUCUGUGGGAGGGACUGUGUAAUGUAAACUUCCGAAUAAUGCAGGUACGGCCUAUCUGGUACUUAGGUUACACUCACUACUUUCGCAAUCUGUGGGAGGGACUGUGUAAUGUAAACUUCCGAAUAAUGCAGGUACGGCCUAUCUGGUACUUAGGUUACACUCACUACUUUCGCAAUCUGUGGGAGGGACUGUGUAAUGUAAACUUCCGAAUAAUGCAGGUACGGCCUAUCUGGUACUUAGGUUACACUCACUACUUUCGCAAUCUGUGGGAGGGACUGUGUAAUGUAAACUUGCGAAUAAUGCAGGUACGGCCUAUCUGGUACUUAGGUUACACUCACUACUUUCGCAAUCUGUGGGAGGGACUGUGUAAUGUAAACUUCCGAAUAAUGCAGGUACGGCCUAUCUGGUACUUAGGUUACACUCACUACUUUCGCAAUCUGUGGGAGGGACUGUGUAAUGUAAACUUGCGAAUAAUGCAGGUACGGCCUAUCUGGUACUUAGGUUACACUCACUACUUUCGCAAUCUGUGGGAGGGACUGUGUAAUGUAAACUUCCGAAUAAUGCAGGUACGGCCUAUCUGGUACUUAGGUUACACUCACUACUUUCGCAAUCUGUGGGAGGGACUGUGUAAUGUAAACUUCCGAAUAAUGCAGGUACGGCCUAUCUGGUACUUAGGUUACACUCACUACUUUCGCAAUCUGUGGGAGGGACUGUGUAAUGUAAACUUGCGAAUAAUGCAGGUACGGCCUAUCUGGUACUUAGGUUACACUCACUACUUUCGCAAUCUGUGGGAGGGACUGUGUAAUGUAAACUUCCGAAUAAUGCAGGUACGGCCUAUCUGGUACUUAGGUUACACUCACUACUUUCGCAAUCUGUGGGAGGGACUGUGUAAUGUAAACUUCCGAAUAAUGCAGGUACGGCCUAUCUGGUACUUAGGUUACACUCACUACUUUCUCAAUCUGUGGGAGGGACUGUGUAAUGUAAACUUGCGAAUAAUGCAGGUACAGCCAAUCUGGUACUUAGGUUACACUCACUACUUUCGCAAUCUGUGGGAGGGACUGUGUAAUGUAAACUUCCAUAUAAUGCAGGUACGGCCUAUCUGGUACUUAGGUUACACUCACUACUUUCGCAAUCUGUGGGAGGGACUGUGUAAUGUAAACUUCCGAAUAAUGCAGGUACGGCCUAUCUGGUACUUAGGUUACACUCACUACUUUCGCAAUCUGUGGGAGGGACUGUGUAAUGUAAACUUCCGAAUAAUGCAGGUACGGCCUAUCUGGUACUUAGGUUACACUCACUACUUUCUCAAUCUGUGGGAGGGACUGUGUAAUGUAAACUUGCGAAUAAUGCAGGUACGGCCUAUCUGGUACUUAGGUUACACUCACUACUUUCUCAAUCUGUGGGAGGGACUGUGUAAUGUAAACUUCCGAAUAAUGCAGGUACGGCCUAUCUGGUACUUAGGUUACACUCACUACUUUCGCAAUCUGUGGGAGGGACUGUGUAAUGUAAACUUCCGAAUAAUGCAGGUACGGCCUAUCUGGUACUUAGGUUACACUCACUACUUUCGCAAUCUGUGGGAGGGACUGUGUAAUGUAAACUUGCGAAUAAUGCAGGUACGGCCUAUCUGGUACUUAGGUUACACUCACUACUUUCGCAAUCUGUGGGAGGGACUGUGUAAUGUAAACUUGCGAAUAAUGCAGGUACGGCCUAUCUGGUACUUAGGUUACACUCACUACUUUCGCAAUCUGUGGGAGGGACUGUGUAAUGUAAACUUCCGAAUAAUGCAGGUACGGCCUAUCUGGUACUUAGGUUACACUCACUACUUUCGCAAUCUGUGGGAGGGACUGUGUAAUGUAAACUUCCGAAUAAUGCAGGUACGGCCUAUCUGGUACUUAGGUUACACUCACUACUUUCGCAAUCUGUGGGAGGGACUGUGUAAUGUAAACUUCCGAAUAAUGCAGGUAGCCUACGGCCUAUCUGGUACUUAGGUUACACUCACUACUUUCGCAAUCGGUGGGAGGGACUGUGUUAAUGUUUAUGUUGUGGAUUUGCGUGAUAAACGUUGUCUCUAAGACGUCAUAAGCUGUUUGUUUUACACGAGAUACGCAUAUCAUAGACGUACAACAACGUACAAGAAUUACAGGAAGAAGUAGACAAAUAUAGAGAGUCGUUACAACAAAAGGGUAGUGCAGCCAUCAUGCCUAACCUUCACCAGCACCACUGUACAGUGCGGUAGCGAAGCGUGACCAGUCACAAAAUACCACGAGUAGAAGCUGAAUAUGAGUAAAGUGUGUACGCUUAGGUGGGCAGGGGAGAAACGCUUAACGCUUAAACAUAGAGUAAGUAAUGAACACAUCAAAAAGAGACUUUAAAGGUCUACCCAUAGCUGACAAAAUAUCAAAAGCAAGGCCCAACUGGUACGGACACAUAAUGGAAAGUCCCGGUGAUGGAAAGUCACUCCCCAUCGCUACAAAAAAUAGGGAAGGGUAGACCUCAAACCUCCUGGAAGACAAGAGUCCAAAAAGAGACGGAAAGACUCGGCCUCACACCUGAGCCAGCGAAUGAGGAAGACGAUCUCUUGUGAACGGGAUAAGGUGAGCUUAAGGAAGAUAACAAGAUCGUUAAAUGAAAAAUAACAUGCUUGAUGUUUUAAUGAAUGGUUGUAGAGAUAUUCUGACCAAGGUAUAAUAUGAAAAACAGGGAAUUCAAUUAUUCAGAAAAAACUGUGUAUACAAUUCACUCCUCUAAAAGCAAAAUGUUCAGUUCAUGAUGCUAUGGACAGAAUGUUUAUCCCAAUAUUUGGUGGGCGCCAAGAGCUUGUUGUCUAUCGUGCAGACUCGACAAAUCGAUGAGCUGUCCGUGUCUGCUGACGGUGUACGUGGCUCGGUGGCUCACUGCAGCACAAUCGAUCGUUAAUCGAUAAUCGGAUGUCAGUAGAUGAUAAUAAUAACUGUACAUGAUUUGUUCAUUAAUAAUCGGUACUUAUACAAGGAUAUAACUUGGAGAAUUCAACUGAUUGGUCACAAUAACUUCAUUAAAACAUCUUUGAAGGUAGGAGUCAAGGAACAAGAUGACGAAAUCUUACUUUUAAGGCAUACUGGAGCAAAUGAAAUGUAGAUAAUACAGGAAGAUGAAGCUUUACUGCGUGUCUACAUGACAUGACGCAGCAUUUAGACAAUGGUGAUGAGUUUCCGAUGGCAAUAUCCAAAUACAGUCGAUUUAUCACGGGAAAAUAAAAUAAACUAUAACGUUGUACUACGUGCUUAAGUCUACAUUUAAUGUGUUCUGUGGGAGUAAAUUAGCUUUAUAUUAUCGGAAAACAAUGUGGAGCGAUUUUUUUCCGUAAAAAUGAACAAAACCAAUUUU